GAUCUUUUCAACGCUUUUGGGUCAUUUGUAAUGCCACUGGAAGCAGCGUGUGUGUGUGUGCGCAUGCGUGUGUGUUCCUCGCACAGGAAGUACUUGAAGACUGUCAGAACAGCACACUGUUCUCAAGUUGGACUUCAUGGCAGCCUUCAUCUUCACUCUCCUCUCCAUCCGCCUCUCUGUCGCGGUUGCCAUGGCAACGCCAGCCACCCGUGAGUCCAGUGGCCCGUCAGAGGCAACCUGCUACGACUGGGGGGAGUCCACCCUGGGGAGGGUCUCCGUCCUGGAGGGGGAGACGGGCUGGCUGUCCUGUCCGCUCUUCCUCCACCCCUCCCUCUACAACUACUCUUCCUCGCAGAAAGCAGGACAUAAUCUGGUGUGGUACCGCCUUCCCGACGGACACGACCUGGAGCAGCCAAUCACCUACAGCGCGCAGCUCAGCAAAGUGAGGGAGAGGUUGUGGCUGCAGCCGGCCGUCGCCAACGACACGGGCCAGUACACCUGCAUGCUCCGCAACAAGUCGCACUGCAGCAAGAUGGCCGUGCGUCUGGCGGUGUUGCGGCGCGAAGAGGCGUCCGUGGGCUCCGAAUGCGAUCUGCCGGUUGCCGCGGCGGCCGGUCAGGUGGUCAUUCCUUUGCAGUGGGGCGAGACAAUGGACUGCCCGGACUGGCAGGAUGCUAAAAACAUGUCCGACAGUCCACCUACUGUCACCUGGUACCAUGAGUGCCAACAGCCUGAGCGGUGGACGAGUGAUCGUGAACAGAAGGAUGUCAGUCUUCAGAUCCACUUCAUGGUUGACCAGUACCAAGGCCUUUAUUACUGCCGAGUGCACUACCAGAGGGCGGGCCGAGCCUUGGUCUUCACCAGGAGCGUCAACGUGACCGCCGUCUAUUCACCGCGCCUGCCUAAGGAGCCCGGCGUCCUCCAGCCGACACAAGACCAGGUCUUCACUGUCAAACCAGACUCGGACGUGCGUCUGGUCUGCAGAGGAAAAUUUCCCUAUCUGGACUCGGCUUGGGACAUCUGGUGGACCGUCGAUGGAAAGACGCUGGAGGAUCUGGCCGACACGAGAUUCUCCAGAACCAAUAAGCAUGUGAGCUACGACUACGGGGACCGCAUAGAGGAGAGCGUGUUGCUGAUCCAGGACUUCCGCUCUGAAGACCUGGCGAAGACGUUCAACUGCUCCGUGAAGAACGAGCGAGGCUUCCACACCCGCAGAGCUCAUCUGCAGGAGGAGGUGUCUUUGCCCUCGGUGGAGCUGGGUUGUGGUCUCGCCGUAACGCUGGUCCUCAUGCUCGUCCUCUUUGUGGUCUAUCACGUCUUCUGGCUGGAGCUGCUACUACUUUACCGCUCCUGGUUUGGCACUGACGAGCGCUACACAGAUGACAAGGAGUUCGAUGUUUACAUCUCGUAUGCCAGAAACAGCGAGGAGGAGCAGUUUGUUCUGCGGACGCUCCGCAGAGUCCUGGAGAACGAGCUUGGAUACACCGUGUGUAUCUUUGACCGGGACAGUCUACCGGGCGGGACCAUCACAGAUGAGACUCUAAGUUUCAUAGCUCGUAGUCGGCGCCUCCUGGUGGUGGUCGGCCCCGGCUACGCCUCCCAGGGCUCGCAGGCCAUGCUGGAGCUGAAGGCCGGCAUCGACGGCGUGCUGGGCGGCCACCUGCGGGUCAUCCUGGUGCAGUACAAGCCGGUACGGCGGCAGGACUGGGUGCGGGAGCUGAGGAGGACUCGCGUGAUCCUGGCGCUGGUGCGCUGGCAGGGCGAGAAGUCGAAGGAGCUGACGUCUCGCUUCUGGAAGAAGCUGAGGGUGGAAUUGCCCGUCAGGAGGGUGGGCUCGGAGGAGGCGGGGCUUAUGUCCGGUGAGCGCAGAAGUGAUUGAUCCGCUGGACGUGACCAGAAACCAUCGUCAUCGGUAACAACAGCAAAGAGCUUCAGCCUGCUGGAGCGUCGUCAUAGUUACGUACAGCUCCGUCAGCAAGGUGCCUUGCGAGGAGGCGGCCAGACUUCAGCGUGUGGCCUCCGGCGCCGUGAGGCGAUCGGAGUCGCAAGGGUCGUGCUUCUGCUUGCGGCUGAGCAGCUGGUCCUCUCACUCGGACCUGGCUUCUUGGCGGCACCAGUGAGGUCGGACCACAAGCACACAGACCGACGCAGGGGCGUGACGGCCACAAAGGCGGAGUCAAACAGCAUGGGGGCGGAGCCACAGAACAGCACAGCCUGCUCAGUGUGUUUUGGUUUUGUUACGGCGCCACAAUGUGGAAUACAAACGCACAGGCGAAACUCCGCCCAUCAGACUCCUCAUGCCUUAAACUCCACCCACAAUGAGCACUGUCAGUCCAACUCCAACCAUCUUCAUAAAAAAACGUCGCCCAUCAUGAACUUUGUAACUUAAACCAAACUCUUUUUCAUUUUUCAUUUCUCAACAUUAAAAUAUAUUUGCAUGCUGUUAAAGGAUCCGCAGGAGAGUUUCACUUUUUUUUUUUCCAGCAAUAGAAUAUUUAACAUCAAGUUUGUCUUGUGGAUCCCCGUAAUACUGAUUAUGAAACUGAUCAAUGCUAGUCUCACUUAUAUUUUCUAUUUAACGGUCAAGUGUUGCUGUUGUUACUCCUCCACUCCAAUAGAGGGCAGCAUUGCACCACAAAUGUGUGUCAUCCUGAGCUCAGCUUUGAAUAAAUAUUUUAGCCAAAAUAAAGUUUCAAACUGCAAAGUCGAAA